AUGUAUGAGAUCCCGAUCCCUGUCUUCACGCAGUUCUGGAAGUUUAUUAACCUAAAGGAUGAGGUGGUCAUCGGCUAUACGCCGCCCAAAGUGAUCACCGAAUUGCACGUCGAUGUGCUCGACAGCGCUAUCGCGUUGGAAACACUCGGCCCGAGACCAGCGCUCAUCACUUUUGAGGACAUUUAUGUCACUUCAAUGGUUGUCGAGAAUACGAACGAAACACUUCUGCGGAUCUUCGCUGAGGACACACUCUUUUGCUUCAAACGGAACAAAGCUUUAAUCGAAUCCAUGAAGAGUUAUAUAUGUGUCGUUCAGACGGGUAUUAUUGACUUGAAUCUGAAGCUCGGAAAAGAUGGUAAAUUAGAGUUUAAAGUGUCCAAUAAUGCGAUCGACAUCCGAUGCUGUGCCGACUCUUUUGUCGCUUUGUGUCAAGUCAUUAGUUCUCUCACUUCGAGCUCAACAAACAAUAUGGACAUUGAAAACGACGAUUUGUACAGCAGUUCACCAGAGAAUGCGUUUGACGACAAACUAAUGGAAGACGCGAUGGGAGACAACGACAACAGUUCACCAGAGAAUGCGUUUGACGACAAACUAAUGGAAGACGCGAUGGGAGACAACGACGAAGAAGACAGCGAUGACGAGCCGCCAAAGUUUGACAAUGUCUGCUCAAAGUGUGACAGCCCUCAGAUGGAUGAGAGCGGGUUCUGGGUGUUGGGUGCGGACGACUUGGGCACCGGAAUCAAGAUGACGGCCGAACCGCAGAUCCGGUUUCUAACCGAUGAGCCAAUCAUUGUUGUCGAGAACCACUUUAAUCUCAGUCGACAGCGUUUAAUACCAGACAUCAAUCCGUCAACUCUUUGCCGUUAUUUCUUGGAGGAGAUGACUUUGAUAUUGCAUUUAUAUGACGGCCGAGACUUCGAUGACGACACCCAGAGUGACAGUCCUGUCGACAAACGAGCCGACGAUACGAAAAGCUAUAAAAGCCACAAAUCAAACAAAUCCUAUUACAGUUCAGAGCCCAGAGUUCGCUUCGCCGAGGGAUCGGUGCAUAUGUGGGAGAAUAUAGACCUCGAGUCCGGCGGACACUUCCCGAUCAGAGGCUCCCACUCUAAUCACAACAUGAGAGCAAACAAUUCGUUCAAAUAUAUGGGAGGAAUAAAGCGUCAAAACGACACGUGUGUCUCCAUUUGUCUCAAUAAAGUGAAGACACUGUUCGAG